AUGCAUUUGCGCACGUUUUGCCUGGUGUUUCCGGCUCUUGCGCUUGGUAAGGAUAUCUACCAACCGCAGAACGUCUCUAUCUCUGACGACCCGUACUACCCGCGCGAGCCUGUCACCUCAUACUCGUACUCACCACCCAAUGCGACAGGAAGCGGUUGGGAGUUCGCCUUUGCUAGAGCAAAACGGUUUGUCUCGCAGCUGACAAUCGAGGAAAAGGUGGGCCUAUGCACUGGGAAUGGCUAUCCCCCUGGCCCAAACAAUCUUGACCUCACCCGGCAUUGUCAGGGAGGUGUUAGUCCAAUUCCUCGACUGAACUUUUCAGGCCUGUGCUAUUUGGACAGUGAUACUGGCAUAGGAAACAGUCAUAGCUAUGGUACCGGGUUCCCCCCCGGCGUGACUGCUGCAUCGACAUGGAACAGGGAGCUCAUCCGUGCACGAGCAUUUGCUAUAGCUACCGAAUUAAGAGCCAAAGGAGUUCAUUCCGUCCUCGGCCCUGUCCUGGCACUGGCUCGAACGAUAGUUGGUGGAACGAACUUUGAAGGGUUUGGAGCCGAACCAUACCUGAUCGGAGUUGCGGGCUACGAAACAGUCAUUGGACAUCAAGGGGCUGGCGUACAAGCUGAGCCGAAGCAGUUCUUGGGAUAUGAAGGCCAGCAGUAUGCGCGCAACUGGUACUCAAGCAACAUGGACUCGAAGACUCUGCACGAGAUUCUAGUGUGGCCGUACGCAGAGGCAGUCAGGGCUGGAGCGGCAUGCGUUAUGACAAGCUACCCGUCCUUGAACAAUACGCAGGCAUCGGCAAAUGCUUAUCUCCAGAACGACAUCCUCAAAACGCACCUUGGCUUCCAAGGCUAUACACAGACUGACUGGAUUGCCCUUGACUACACCGUUAAGGGAAUCAUGUCGGGCACAGAUCAAGACAUGCCUGGAUUUCUGUCCUUAGGUGAAGGUUCAGGCUUCUGGUCCCACUAUGGAGAAAAUUACACAAUGGCCGUGAAGAAUGGGUCUGUACCUGAAUGGCGACUGACUGACGCUGCUUUGCGAAUCUUGACACCCUACUUCCUCUUGGGGCAAGACAGAAACUACCCCCAGAUUAACGUAAAUGAUGAUCCACGACAAACUAUUGUCGAUGCACAGCGCCACAACCACCAGACAAUCGCACAGGAAGUCGCUGCUGCUGGGACUGUGCUGUUGAAGAACACACCAGGCAGGAAGGGCUUACCAUUGGUCAAACCCACAACUAUAAGCCUCUUUGGUCCUGCGGCAGGACAGAAUCCCUAUGGCCCAAAUCAAUAUGGUUACGGUUUCACGCAGGGCACACUUGCAGAAGGCGGCGGGUCUGGAACUACCUUUUAUCCACGCUUGGUCGACCCUAUAAGCGCAUUGACUCAGAGGGCCAGGCAGGAUUUGACGUCGGUGGAUUGGACAACAAGUCUCAACCUCACCUUCGCGGCGGCCAUCGCCCGUCGCGGUACAGUUUGCUUGCCAGUGGUCUCUUCGUUCAGUGGAGAACGUUACGACCGGCCUGACUUGAAACUAACACAUGACGGCGACAAUUUGAUCAAGACGGUUGCUGACAAUUGCGACAACACCAUCGUCGUGGUCCAGUCUGUCGGACCCGUCGAUAUGGAGGCGUGGGUCGAUCAUCCAAACGUUACUGCUGUAGUGUGGGCCAACCUGGCCGGGCAAGAGUUGGGUGCUGCCUUGGUGGAUAUUCUGUACGGCAACGUCAACCCUUCCGGUAGACUCGUCUACACUAUCGCCCGCAAUGCAUCCGACUAUGCACAGGCACAGAUAGUCAAGGAGCCGUACCCAUUCCCGCAGCUCAACUACACCGAAGGCGUGUCCAUCGACUAUCGAGGAUUCGAAAAGAACGGACUCAGCCCGCGAUUCUGGUUCGGACACGGCCUUUCGUAUUCGACAUUCACUUACAGCGCCUUGGAGAUCCACAAGCAGUGGGACAUCAGUGCAGCCAUCCAGACACCAAUCAACUACGUCGCAGAUGCGCCCGGAGGGGAUGCAAGGCUGUACAACGUUGCGGUCGUAGUUAUCCUCGCGAUCCACAACGACGGUCCUUAUGACGGCAAUGAGGUGCCUCAGUUGUAUCUGCAGAUGCCAGCAGUCGCACAAAACCCCACCAAGGUGCUCCGUGGGUUCGACAAUGUCAAAAUUCGUGACGGGGAGACUCAGACUGUCCACUUGUACCUCACUCGCAAAGACAUUAGCUACUGGGACACAGUCGCUCAGACUUGGACCACGCCGCAGGGGCUGUUCGGUGUGCAAGUCGGUGCCUCGUCGAGCGACAUUCGCCUGACUGGCAAUUUUACCUUGUGA